CGGCGUAGUCAGCUGCUGCGGCCUCUAUGGUUCAAGUAGCGGGACUGGCGGUGCCCGUUUCUUCUCGUUUUUUUUUUUAUGUCAAUGACCAGCGAACAGGGAAAAAUACGUGCCAUCAACGCUGGUGAUGAGCUGGGUUUAUAUCAAGACAGCGACGAGCAAAACCUGCCCGACGUAACGUUUUCAGUGGGCACAUCGAGCAACGCAUCGCGUACGCGUGAGAGUCAGCCUCUUCUUCGUCGGAUGGAGCCCGAUCUGGGGACCACGGCAGAUACCUUCCCGGACGACCCGCAGUUCGCUAACGUCGUUCGGGAGGCCAUCACAGCUAUUGAGACGGGCAUUUAUCCAGAGCGAAUAUACCAGGGAUCGAGCGGAAGCUACUUUGUCAAGAACUGUGAACGAACGAAAAUCGCUGUGUACAAACCAAAGGAUGAAGAACCGUACGGCAGACUGAACCCCAAGUGGACGAAAUGGAUGCACAAGCUUUGUUGCCCGUGCUGCUUUGGAAGGAGUUGUCUGGUGCCCAACCAAGGCUACUUGUCCGAAGCAGGAGCGUCGCUAGUGGAUCAAAAAUUGCAACUGAACAUAGUACCGAAGACCAAGGUGGUCAAGUUGGUGAGUGAAACAUUCAACUACUCGGCUCUAGACCGCACCAAGGCACGAACGAAAAAGAACGUCACAGAACGUUUCCCGAAAGUUGGUCGACAUUUUCAUCGCAUUGGUUUGCCUCCCAAGGUGGGAUCUUUCCAACUGUACGUGGAAGGCUAUCAAGAUGCUGACUACUGGCUGCGGAAGUUUGAGUCGGAACCGCUACCCGCUGAUCUUCAGCGCAUUUUCCAGUUCCAGUUCGAGCGGCUAGUGGUACUGGAUUACAUUAUUCGUAAUACAGAUCGGGGAAAUGACAACUGGCUUAUCAAGUGCACCCGGCCAGACAAAGAGCCUCAGAGUUGGAGCCCACGGACACCAGAGAUCAAGAUUGCUGCUAUAGACAACGGUCUGGCAUUCCCAUUCAAGCAUCCAGACUCGUGGAGAGCAUAUCCUUACCACUGGGCGUGGCUGCCUAUGGCCAAGGUGCCUUUCUCUUCGGAGACACGUGACCUAGUUCUACCACAGCUUUCGGACAUGAACUUUGUGCAAGAGAUGUGCGAGGAACUUCAUGCUUUAUUUAAGAAGGACCCUGGUUUUGACAAGAACCUUUUCGAAAAGCAGAUGUCAGUCAUGCGCGGUCAGAUCUUGAAUUUGAGCCAGGCAUUAAAGGAUGGCAAGUCUCCGGUACAGUUGGUCCAAAUGCCCGCUGUCAUCGUCGAGCGGAGCAGCCGACGACCAGGUGCUCGUGGUCGUAUCAAGUCGCUCAAUGACAACUUUAUCCAGAGCUUCCAAAACAAGGCCCCUUUCUUCUCUUGGUGCUGACACCCCAGCCGGGGGUUGUGACUGCUAAAAGCACAUUUGGUUUACCCUUCUCCUGGUGGCUUUCUGUAUUUUUUUUUCCUUUGGUAUAAUUCUUAACAAAGAAUAAAAACAACAUUGGAGCCAUUGAUGGGGGUGCAGCAGCUCAAUGUGUGCGUUUUGUGGGUGCUCAACCCCUUCCCUCCUCCCAUAUUUUAUUUUUCUGACAGUUGCUGCAUAUUGCUAGUCACUUGCGGAGAAUCCUGUAGUGCUUGCCUCUUAACGCUAAACUUAUUUUUUGCUGCAACUCCAAGCUGCCAGGAAUGUGUUUAGAAAUUAGGUGUAUUUUCCCAAUAAUAAUAUUAAUGCCCCAAAUAUAUGAAUAAAUGGAGAAAGCUUGUGGCAUAAGUAAGAAGUAGGUAUGAGCAGCGACUUUUCAAAUUUUAGGGCAAUUUUAGAACAUCAGUUCACUGCUAUGGUGUGUGCUGAGAUUUCAAUCAUCCAUUAAGAGGUAAAGGUAUGGUGAAACAUGCAAGGCUAGUUGUGGGAUGCUUCAGUGAUAUCUUUCAUAUUACAUCAGGAAAUGUGUCCUGUGAACAGCAGUAGUCAUCAGUAACUACUCAAUUAUGUAAAUAAUUAUUGUUCCAAUUACUAUAGGGCAAAAUUGAAGCUGCAGAAUCGAAGCUAGUCAGUAUUGAGACAUGUCCAUUUAAGAGUUGACAGAACGCUUCAUAGUUCAUCACUCAUAUGAAAUAUUUACUGGUGCAUGCAAAUACGGUCUGGUUUGAGUUGCCUUAUUGCAACAUGGGCACUAAGGUAAGGAAAAUAUGUUAGUCUCCAUUUCACUUUCUCAAAGAAACAACUUUGGCUUGUAUAUUAAAAAAAAAGCUUCAGAUUUCAGGUCUAUUUACCACUUGUAUAAUGUCAUAACCAUGCUGUUGAUGUCUGUUUAGCUAUUUGGUGUUUAGGAGCAGUUUGCUAUAAGUUAUAGCCUCACACAAAAGUUGUUACACAGUUGCAUUACUCCAAAAUAUUUAUUGCUUCUUACUUUUUGUUUCUAUUUUGCUUCACAUUUUUUUUGGUUCAAAUUAUGCAAUAAACUACGGAAUCAUUGACUGGAUUAUUGUGACCUUAAAUUGCUGUUAUACCGUGAAACCAGUCUACAUUUCUGCAACAGCUUAUUUUAGAGAUUACAAGGGGAAGAACUAAACCCUUCUUAACGCAUCUGAAAAAAGGUAAGCAAAGAUGCUAAGUGCCUUAUUGAGUUUGUACCAAAAUAUGCAAGCUUGUUGCAAUAUAUCAGUGGAUACAUAAUAGCUAUAGCGUCAUGAAGUCGUUUUUAAUGCAAGUGCUGGUCACUGUAUGCCACCUGCAUAAAUUUUCAUUUAUUUUCACUUGGCAUGUAUGUGCAUGAAAUGUUGUGCUAGAGCAUAAAUAGUAGCUUUAUGAACACGUAAGUGAUGUUCUAUCAGAGCGCCCUGCUUUAUAAAACCAAAGGUUACAUUUCAAUGUGGUAGCUAUUUUUGGGUGUGAGCUGCUGCAUCCUCUAAGCUGGCUGGUGCACUACUGUGUGUGUCAUGUGCAUUCCAAUGAAGCCACAGUCUGUAUGUUGACAUAGCUUGCCUUCAUUAGUACAGUCUUAUUGCCAGCCGUGAGAAGGACAACGUUAAAUUUAUGUACGGGUUUUUAUGCAUCAUUGGGGCAGUUUUAAUAUGAUAAAAACUGUCAGAGAUGUGCAGUUUGUGCUCCAUAAACACCUUGUAUGUGAGUAGAGAAAAAUAUCAGUGUGGCAGGUUUCUAGGUGCAUGUUCCUGACUUGCUGAAAAACUCGUUUUGGAGAGUGUUUUCGGGAAGGUGAAGCAAUUAUGAUACAAACACGACUGGUAGUACUUCUUUGAAUUAUUGUAUUCCUCGAGUUGCUAGUAUGUGCUAAGACUAGCUUGAAUUUGUUUUAUUGCCAAUUCGGGGGAAUGUGUUUCACUGAACAUUUAGAAAAGAACUACAGACAGCAGGUAUUAAAGAAGUGUACAUUUUUUUAGGAAUGAACACAUUGUUUUUAUUUUGCUAAAUAAAUAUGUUUCUUGUUUAAUAAAAAAAA